AUGCUUCUUGGGGCGCCCUUGCUCGGCUUGCUAGGCGACGUCGCAACCUACGCCCCCUUGAAUCGCAGAUGUGCCUGCGCUUCGUGGGUCUCAUCUGCUUAUCGGGACAGAUUCGUUGAGGCGGAGCGCGCGGCAGUGCGCAAAUGGCGGCUGAGCCUCUUGCAGGACGGAAUGUCAGCUAGCCAGCUUAGCAAUCGAGACUUGGCCACCAGUGGUCGUUGUCGCAUCGGCGUGUGCACGCUGCGAUCAAGUAUCGUUCACGAUGCGCAGCGUCGCCGGUCCGGUGGGUCGCGUACGACCACGUGUGGCCUCGACAGGUCCGGCGAGUCGCGGAUCGGCGAAUGCCGCUUCGCGAGAGGACCUCGGCGCGUUGGGGUGGCGCGCUAUCCGCCCGGGCAAAUCGGCGUCAAUCGGUACGUCAGCGAGCGCAACCUCUUGGGCGAGGAGAUAGUCUCCCGCAGCAGUGGCCUUUGGGUGGGCGGUCAACGGUUUGCCGAAAGCCCGUUGGCGGCCCACGACCCUUCGUACUAUGGCGAUCUCUUACAGGGAGUUCUCGACGUGACUUGCAUUCGCUUUGCACCACACUUGCUGUUACCUUCUCUGGCGUUACUGGUGGCGGCGCCCGCCGCCCACGCCGUGCCGCUGUUGAAUACCAACGCGUCCGUCCUGGCGAUCAAUACCAGCCCCCCGGCGUCCAAUAGCACUUACUUAACUGGGGAAGGCGCCGACUCCGCAAUCGACGGAAUCCCAACCACCAAGUACUUGAAUCUGGGCCAGCCUCCUCGCGAAACGGGGCUGGCGGUGGAGCCGCUCUUCGGCAACACGAUCGCUCAGAGUAUCCAGUUCACGACGGCGGACGACUUUGAGAUUCGCGAUCCGUCGGGUUGGGUCCUUUAUGGAAGUAACGACCCGCUCUUGAGCACCGAUAACAGCGAUCUUUCGGGCGGAGAGAGUUGGACGCAAAUCGCCAACGGCGCUUUGGAGUUCCCUGCCGAUCGUCUAACACAACUGCCGGCGAUCAACUUCACGAACUCGACGCCGUAUAACAACUAUCGGAUCGAGUUUCCCGAUGUUAAGGGCGGCCCUGGCGGGCGUGACUCGUUCAGCGGCAUGCAAGUCGCCGACGUUCAGCUCUACACCGGCCCCGAUGCCACAGGGACGGGCGUUUUCGGGUUCGGCGACCUCGCCAUCGCCUACCAGCUUCCGCAGCCCGCAUCCUUCUAUUUCCCCGACGAAGCGCCGGCGAACAUCGUGGAUUAUGCCUACACUGCCAGCAGCAGCUAUCCCGCCGGUGAGAAUCCGGGACUUCUUGUUGACGGCGACACGGGAACGAAAUACCUGAACUUCGGCGGACCCAACAGCGGUUUCAUUGUGACGCCAGACUCGCCGGCUCAGGUGCAGAGCUUUAUCGUCACGAGCGCGAACGACGCGAUCGAGCGUCAUCCGACAUCGUGGCAGCUCUUCGGUACGAACGACCCGAUUACGUCACUCGACAACAGCUUCGGCGAUGCCGAGAGCUGGAUCGAACUUGGUAGCGGAUCGAUCGAGGUCCCGCCCGGUUUGUUCACCGACAGUCCGGUUGUCUCGGUGCCGAACGCCAACGCGUAUUCGUCCUACAAGAUGCUGUUCCCGACGACCAAUGGAUCGGGACUCAUGCAGAUCUCGGAGGCCUCGUUCUUCACCUCGACCGACGGCACCGGCCAGGACAUUCUCGAAGUCGGAACGCCAAGUCUGCUUGCGAUCGACACGAACCGUGGCGCCACCAAGAACUUCAACGCCG